AUGGUGGUAAUGGUGGCAAAGGGGAGCUUUGGUGGAGGUGAAAGAUUUGAGGUUGUUGGGGUUGCCGGUAAGACUGUCCGAGACAACGAAAAUGAUAAUGUGGGAUCUAAUGGCGGUGGAGUACCAGGCGAUGUAGGUGGAUGGAGAGUAGUAGAUGGAUUAGGAAAGGGUGGUGGAAGAGAUGAAAUCAGAGUAACAGACGAUAUAGGUGGAGGGAGAGUAGUAGAUGGAUUAGGAAAGGGUGGUGGAAGAGAUGAAAUCAGAGUAAUAGAUGAUGUAGGUGGAGGGAGAGUAGUAGAUGGAUUAGGAAAGGGUGGUGGAAGAGAUGAAAUCAGAAAUCAAAGAGAAAUGGUUUUAGAGAUGACUACUCCAUCGAUGAGGUGGUAG